CGCGGUCACCACUUGCUCUCGCUCUCUCCACCGUUACGCGAUAUCCCUGGCGAAAGCGUAGAAGCGCGCCAAAAAAAAGCGCGCGCAAAAACAAAAAGCCAAGCUAACGGGACAAAAGUCGCGCGCGACUCGUAAGCUUGUUUACUUUGCCAUUAUAAAUCCGGCGGGCGCUUUGUUUGUGUUUGUGUUGAUCAGCAGCACCCAUUGCGAAUUCAUUUCAGUGAUAGGCUACUAGUUAUUAGCGAUAAGCGAUAAACGAUACACGAUAAACGAUAUCCGAGAACAAUAAUCCACAGACGAUCUGCAGGCCGUGCAAUCUGCUUAAAAUGCUAAAAAUGCCGCUGCAGCUGCAACUGCAGCUGAGCAGUCAGGAUGGCAUUAGGCCAACCCGAUCCCGACGUCUCCACCACCACCACCACCAACUGGCUUAUCAGCAUCAGGACCAAGAGCAGCAGGAGCAGCAGAAGCAGCAGCAGCAGAAACAAAAGCAAAAUGGAGUGCACCAAGGACGUUCGCCGACAUUCAUGCCAGUGAUGCUGCUCCUGCUGAUGGCCACACUCCUCACGCGCCCACUGAGCGCCUUCUCCAACCGACUGUCGGACACCAAGCUGCACGAGAUCUACCUGGACGACAAGGAGAUCAAGCUGAGCUGGAUGGUGGACUGGUACAAGCAGGAGGUGCUCUUCCACCUGCAGAACGCCUUCAACGAGCAGCACCGCUGGUUCUAUCUGGGAUUCUCGAAGCGCGGCAGCCUGGCGGAUGCGGACAUUUGCUUCUUCGAGAACCAGAACGGCUUCUUCAACGCGGUCACCGACACGUACACCAGUCCGGAUGGCCAGUGGGUGCGGCGGGACUACCAGCAGGACUGCGAGGUCUUCAAGAUGGACGAGUUCACGCUGGCCUUCCGGCGCAAGUUCGACACCUGCGACCCCUUGGAUCUGCGACUUCAUGAGGGCACCAUGUACGUGGUGUGGGCACGUGGCGAAACGGAACUGGCCCUGGAGGAUCACCAGUUCGCCCUGCCCAACGUGACGGCUCCGCACGAGGCGGGUGUCAAGAUGCUGCAGCUGCUCCGCGCGGACAAGAUACUGAUACCCGAGACCGAGCUGGACCACAUGGAGAUCACGCUGCAGGAGGCGCCGAUUCCCAGCCAGGAGACCACCUACUGGUGUCACGUGCAGCGACUGGAGGGCAAUCUCCGGCGGCGCCAUCACAUCGUGCAGUUCGAGCCGCUCAUCCGGACGCCGGGCAUCGUGCACCACAUGGAGGUGUUCCACUGCGAGGCCGGCGAGCACGAGGAGAUUCCCCUGUACAACGGCGACUGCGAGCAGAUGCCGCCACGGGCCAAGGUCUGCUCCAAGGUGAUGGUCCUGUGGGCCAUGGGCGCCGGCACCUUCACCUAUCCCCCGGAAGCUGGGCUGCCCAUCGGCGGACCCGGCUUCAAUCCCUACGUUCGCCUGGAGGUUCACUUCAAUAAUCCGGAGAAGCAGUCUGGCCUGGUGGACAACUCCGGCUUCCGCAUCAAGAUGUCGAAGACACUGCGCCAGUACGACGCCGCCGUCAUGGAACUGGGUCUGGAGUACACCGACAAGAUGGCCAUUCCGCCCGGCCAGACCGCCUUCCCGCUCAGCGGCUACUGUGUGGCGGACUGCACGCGGGCCGCCCUGCCGGCGACGGGCAUCAUCAUCUUUGGCUCCCAGCUGCACACCCAUCUGCGUGGCGUCCGCGUCCUCACCCGCCACUUCCGCGGCGAGCAGGAGCUGCGCGAGGUGAACCGCGACGACUUCUACUCGAAUCACUUCCAGGAGAUGCGCACCCUGCACUACAAGCCACGUGUCCUGCCCGGCGACGCUCUGGUGACCACUUGCUACUACAACACCAAGGAGGACAAGACCGCCGCCCUCGGCGGCUUCUCCAUCAGCGACGAGAUGUGCGUCAACUACAUCCACUACUAUCCGGCCACCAAGCUGGAGGUCUGCAAGAGCUCCGUGUCCGAGGAGACGCUCGAGAACUACUUCAUCUACAUGAAGCGCACGGAGCAUCAGCACGGCGUGCAUCUGAAUGGAGCCAGGUCGUCCAACUACCGGAGCAUCGAGUGGAGCCAGCCGCGGAUCGAUCAGCUGUACACCAUGUACAUGCAGGAGCCGCUGAGCAUGCAGUGCAACAGGUCCGAUGGCACCCGCUUCGAGGGGCGGGCCAGCUGGGAGGGCGUGGCCGCGACGCCCGUGCAAAUCCGCAUACCCAUCCACCGCAAGCUGUGCCCCAACUACAAUCCGCUGUGGCUGAAGCCACUGGAGAAGGGCGAGUGCGAUUUGCUGGGGGAGUGCAUCUAUUAGGCGCCGCACAUUGGGCAUUAGGCGAAUGGGGGCGUGGCAUAGCACACACUCGCACUCCCACUUCCACUCCCUCUCACACACAGACACACAUGCAGCACAUGCACACAUACAGCACAGGCACACAUACAGCACAUUAUGGAUAAUACAAGGAUUUCGAUUUCAACAGUCGCCUAUCCAGAAGCUAAACAGGACAACUUUUACUUUGAAAGUUUAACUCAUGAAUACUCUGGAAUACUUUGAGCACUUUUAUUUUGCAGAAACAGCUGGAAAAUAGCUGGCAAAUAGAUUUAACUCAAUUUUAAAACGCGAUUUUACCCCCAUUUGGUUAGUUAAUUAAGUAAAAUUGCGUUUAUUUGCAAAGAACGAACUAAAUGCAAGCAAUUAGCGAAAUGUUUUGCUUUGAAGUUGGCAACAGAAAUCAGAGGUAACACUGUAACGUGCUUAACCCUGAAGGCUUUUUCCGCCUUAUGGAGGCUCGACUGUAGUCGCUUUGUAUUUACCCUUUCAUGGUCAUUAGCAUUAUCAUCGCCCCUUUUUUGUAAGCUUCUCUGUGUGUGUUUGUGGGUGUGGGUGUGGGAGGGUGUGGGUGUGUGCGUGUUUGCAAGGGCAACAGGGCAAAACAAAUGUUUUCACUCUUUAAAUAACUAAUGCAUUUACCAAUCCCGCCCAUGCCGUACACCCUUUUCCAUUCACUUUCGCCUUUGCUCUCGCCUUUGACUUUGUGUGUGCCCUUUGCCCGUGUUGUUUUGGCCAGCCUUUGAAAUUCGCCGACUGACAGCGCCGCCAGGCUAAAACGUUUAAUACAAAACAGCUUACAAAGCAGGGCCCACACACACACACACACAUAUAUAUAUAGGCAGAGAAACUCACACACACACAUUCAAGCGCACUGAACUUGGCUGAGACGAAACUGUAGCAUACUUCGCAGCGCCAGCUGAAAAAUUAAAUGGCCAACUGACUGAAUGAAACGGAACGUACUUAAGCGGACAAACUGGCCGGAAACAAGAAGGCCAAGAAACGGAGGGGGGAGGGGGGGGGGCUACUCUCACUGUUUAUACAAUAUAAAUGAGCAAACUUUUGAUGCAACCCGACGUUGCCAAGUCUAAUUACCAAGAAGCUCGAGGAAAAACGGCAGGCGAAGAGGCGGACAAAAAUCUGAAGAAAAAAAGCAAGGAAAUAAAUUGGUAUGGGAUCUUAUUGGAAACGUGGAAAGUUGGCAGAGAGGGGAGAGGGGGAAGGGGGGAUCAUGGGACAUGGUAGAUGGGCUACCAGCAGCCAGGAGCUUACCACAUGCACCCGUGUGUUUCUUUAACAAAAGGACCAUCUCCCCCCUCGCCCCCUUGCACCCCCUUUGAAUCCAACUCCAUCAGUCCUUCAAUCAUUUCUUACUUUUCACUACCGUUUUCCUAUCGACACAAAUGCACCCACACACACAUACACAUCCACACACACGCACCACACACACACCCACAUACAUUUGAGUAAACAUGUAAUGGAUACGUUUAAGUGUAGCCAACAUACAUAUGUAAGAUGUGAUAAUUGUUCUAUGGCUAUAAAUGAAGUAUAUAUACACAUGAAUAUAUAAACUAUGUAGAUGAAAUAUUUAUAAAAAACAGAAACCAAGCGAAAGCGAA